GAGGAACCUUUUUUUGUUUUAGAUUCGCCUUUUGUUCUUGUUCGAACACGUUCAGUCGUUGUCUCACGGUGAACAAUUUCCAUUCUCUCUUGGAAUUAGAGAAUGAAAAAGCAAAGGAAAGUUUGAAAAUGAUGUAUGGGAAUCAAUCUGAUAGCUGUUACGGAUUACAGGUCCAAGUGAAUGGGAAUUUAAUAGCGACUGGUUUUGGGCAGCAGGAGCAGCAGCAGAUGAUGGCAUCCUUUAAUAAGAGCUGGGCUCAGCAGACUGAGGAGAGUUACCAGUUGCAGUUGACACUGGCUUUGCGGGUUUCUUCACAGGCUGCUUCUGCUGCUGAUUCUUACUUCUUGGAUUUCAAUUCUGAUGCUAAUAAGAAUAAUAGAAAUGGCUCUUUUCCUCUGACUUCUCAGGAUGUGUCUCAUCGAUUCUGGGUAGCAUUUCUUUCCUCCCUUUUAUUUUCUAUUAAAGCCAGCUUGCUUGUAUCUUCGCAGGUUCUUUUGUCCUUGAAUACUUGGUUAAUAAAGGGUCAAUUGCUUUAUGGUUGGUGGUGAAUUUUGGGUUUUCUUGUAAAUGGCAGUCUGUCUUACUUUGAUAGAAUUUUAGAUGGGUUUUACCUAAUCCAUGGAAUGGACCCUUAUGCAUGGACCAUAAGUGCUGACCAAGGAGAGAUUGGCCAGAUGCCAUCGUUUGACUCAUUGAAGGCCAUUGAUCCUCAUGAUGAUUUGUCAAUUAAAGUUGUUCUGAUUGAUAAAUUGAGGGAUCCUAGAUUGAGGGAACUUCAAAAUUGUGUUCUCAAAAUUUCUAGUAGCUGGGUCAGCACAAAAGAUGUAAUUGAUCAGCUUGCACGUCUUGUCUGUAACCAAAUGGGGGAUGCAGCCUCUUCUGAAGAAGGUGUUUAUAGACAAUGGAAGGAGUGCACCAAAGUUCUGAAGGACUGCCUAGGCUCUAUUGUGUUUCCAAUUGGAAGCCUAUCUUUUGGCCUUUGUGUCCAUCGUGCCUUACUGUUUAAGGUAUUAGCAGACUUGGUUAACCUACCAUGCCGAAUCACUAAGGGCUGUAAAUAUUGCCAGAGGGAAGAUGCUUCAUCCUGUCUUGUGCAGUUGGGUGUUGACAGGGAAUAUUUGGUUGAUAUGUUUGCAGAGCCGGGAGCCUUAAGCCGGCCAGAUUCCUCACUAAAUGGUACAUCUUCAAUUUUGGUUUCUUCACCGCUAUGUCAUCCAAGAUUUAAACAGGUUGAAACUGCUACAAGCAUCAGGAAAUUGUCCAAGCUCUAUUUUGUUGAUGAUCAAUCAUGUAAACACACAUUUGAUGAUGCUUCCUCAGAUAACGCUAGCAAUCAAGAUGAGCAAACUGGUCCACAGCUUAGUAAGGCAUUUGAUAUGAAUUACUUUAACAAGAACAAGCUUGUUUCCACCUUAAUCAACAACAAUGGAUCUACUCUGUCACCUCUGCACCAGAGAACCGCAUGGAAUAUCUACUGUGAUAAAGAUCUUCAGAUGCAAAACUCAUCAAAUUUGAUACCAAAGGCCAUUGCCUCAUCACAUUUGGUCAGAAGUCCUCUUCUGCCAAGUUCUGUCCCAUCUGGUAUGCAGAAUGAUGCUUGUCAAGCUUUAGCAUUCUCUGAUCCAAGGCAAUGUACUGCGAAUUCUGUGCUGUUCAAGCAAUCAGAUCAGCCAGUAAUGAGCAUUGACCAUGGAGAUUUGGAUAUUCCUUGGAGUGAACUUGUUUUAAAAGAAAAAAUUGGAGCAGGUUCUUUUGGAACUGUCCAUCGUGCUGAAUUGCGUGGUUGUGAAGUUGCUGUCAAAAUUCUCUUGGAACAAGGUUUCCAUGCAGAACGCUUCAGGGAAUUUUUAAGGGAGGUUGCCAUCAUGAAACGUUUACGGCACCCUAACAUUGUUCUUUUUAUGGGUGCUGUUACUCAACCGCCAAAGUUGUCCAUUGUUACCGAAUACUUGUCAAGAGGCAGUCUAUUUAGACUUUUGCAGAUGCCUGAUGCUGCAUUGGUAUUAGAUGAGAGGUGUCGCUUGAAUAUGGCAUUAGAUGUGGCAAGGGGAAUGAAUUAUCUUCAUCAACUUAAACCUCCCAUUGUUCAUCGGGACUUAAAGUCCCCAAAUCUUUUGGUAGACAGUACUUAUACAGUUAAGGUCUGCGAUUUUGGUCUUUCACGUUCAAAGGCAAACACAUUUCUUUCGUCAAAAACAGCUGCUGGAACUCCGGAAUGGAUGGCACCCGAAGUUCUCUGCGAUGAGCCAUCGAAUGAGAAAUCUGAUGUUUACAGCUUUGGAGUAGUUCUAUGGGAACUUGUGACCUUGCAACAACCAUGGAAGAAUUUAAAUCCACCACAGGUUGUAGCAGCUGUAGGUUUUAAAGGUAAAAGGCUGGAGAUCCCAAGCAAUGUAAACCCAGUUGUGGCUUCCUUGAUUGAACUUUGUUGGGCUAACGAUACUUCCAAACGCCCUUCAUUCUCCUAUGUCAUGGAAUGUUUGUACCAAGUGAUCAUAAAUACUGCAUCUCAAAAAUUUCAUCGACAAAUUUCAUGAUCGGCUUAAGGGUGCAGAAACCUGGUUACAACAUAUGUACAUGAUCUUGGCUGUACAUUAUUUUUCAUUUGCCAGUUGAGGAAAGUUAAACAAUCUCCAUCUCGAUCUGGGAUGAUAACCUUUGUAGUCUUUCACGCCUUCAUCAUAUUACAAAAUAUUAUCUACAUUGGAUAAACUGUUAAUAUAGGGGAAAUUUUGUGAAUACUGCUGUAAAUAAAGCACAUCUCUACAUAUUGAGCAGUAUUGUUCUCUUCGAACAAUUUCUUAUGUGAGAGUCAAGGUACGAGGCUUAUCUUUUAACUCAAUUGCUUUAUUGAAUUUGGAUUAUAUGAUCAGUGUUGUUGCAGAGUUGGAGUAGGUCACAUGCAACCAUGUUGAAGAGAGGAAUAUACUGAUUUGAGUGAUAGAACAGUGUCUUCAUUAGUACAUCCUUGAAACUGCUUGUUUUAAGGUUCAUUAUAUACUUUUAGUGGAGCUAAAUCCUGUUGUUCGAAGCUUUGGGGGGAAAAACAGAAAGAAAAAGAAAUUAUGCAUGUGAUCUGCUAAUUGUCACUGUAAGGCUGGCUAAGUGCUUGAACUCUUCCAACAUUGUUUCUGUGUAUGUGAUGGAGACAGCUUUGAAGUGCACUUGAUUCCAGUCUUAGGUGAUCUAUUUAUGCAGGUCCAUUUCAAGAUUUCA